UAUUAUGGGAAAAAGUGAACAUUCAAAGUAGGAAACUAAAACUACCGAUUCCUAUAUUUUACAGCUUUAGGAAUACUUAUAUAGCAACCCUUCAAGAGUUUUCAAGCUCAAUCCAUCUUUGAAGAAGACGAAAAUUAUACAGAAUAAAAAAAAAUGGGCACAGGGAAGAAGAAGAUAGAAAUCAAGCAAAUCAUCAAAGAAGGAUCAAGAAUGGUAACAUUCUCAAAAAGACGUAAAGGGCUUUUCAAGAAAGCUUCACAGCUCGAAUCCAUGACCAAUGCUCGUGUCGCCAUUGUCGUUUUUUCACCCACUGGCAAACCUUACACGUGUGGCAAUGUUAUCGCCGCCAUUGGGACCCACUUUCCCCAAUUUCAUAAAAAUGAAAUCGAGUCUUGUGGGACCCACAUUUCCCAACUUCAGAAAAAUGAAAUCGGGUCUAGUGGGUCCCACUUUCCGAAGAAUGAAACUGGUGAAAGCGGGACCCGCUUUACCCAAUUUCGCUCUUCCGAAAUUGGGUCUACUGGGUCCCACUUGAAGAAUGGUCUAUGUGAUUGGUUGGAGAAAAUAGAUGUUGAAGAAUGUGGAAAUUUGGAUGAAUUGUUGUUGUUGAAGGAGCAAUUGGAAGGAACAAGAGAUAAGCUUGCUGAACAUUCUGAGUCUUUUGAGGCUUUAUUUGUGUGAUGAUAUUACCUUAGUAUAACAAGGUAGUUUGUUCCGAUAUUUUUUUUAUAUUAUUAUAGCAAAAUGUUGUUAUAUAGAACAUAUACUAUAACAUAGCAUGAAAGAUCCGUUCCACAAAAAUCAUGGGCGUUAUAGCGAAAUGUUGUUAUAGAAGGUGAUUUCGAAUCUUUUGAGGCUUUGUUUAUGUGAUGAUAUUAUCUUAGUAUAACAACGU